AUGGCUACACCUUGGAGCUGUGCGCUGAAUAUCUCUAUAGCGGAUAUAACCAGGGAAGAAAUCGAAGAGGAAUGUGGUUAUUUCGUUAAAAAUGAGGAUCUAAAUUUGAUAGCCACAUUCAGCAUUGCGGCCCAUGAGUCAGGUGGAAUCCAGUACCUUUUCUAUGCCGAAAUCGAUGAUUCCAUGAAAAUAACGGAAGGUGGAGGAAACGUCAGCGAAGGAGAAUAUAUCACAAAG